AUGAUGGAGAUAGGGUCAGGAGCGCCAAUAGCACCCUCUAGAUCACAAUAUCAACAACAUCACAAAAGAUCAUCUUCGGGUUCAUUGGCAGCAAUGACUGGUGGAGCUUCACCUUCAUCAUCCGCACUUGCUUCUUCUUCUGCCAAUCCUCAAUGGUCAGCUAGAAAUCGAAUGGUAUCCGCCUCCUCUGCUCGAUCGCAUCAAACUGCAUCAGAAGAUCUAAGACCUGCACAUUUGGAUCUUUCAGCACUAUCGUCUUCCGAAUACGAUGUAUACCCACAAUGGCUACAGACCAUCAAACCGGCAAGGAGCGGAGAACCGGAUCAUGUUGAAGAACAGGACGCAUUGCGAUUUUUGAGGGAAGAAUGUGGGAUAGAGGUACACGAUGAAAUAAAGAUAUUGUCUCUAUUUGAACGAUUUCCCCUGGGGUUGUUGCCGGGGCACUUUUACGCUCUCUUACGGCUCGCUUCAUGGGUUCAACAAGGUGAAAUUCCAAGCAAAAACCUAUUAUUCACCCAAACUGAUCCGCCAAGAAUUCGAUCAGAGAAUGGAAGUGGAGAGCUGGAUCACUCUUUAGGAGAAACUUCAAUACUAACAGAUCGGUCACAACGUAAUUCGAUGCCACCAUCCUCAACGAUAGGCCAUCUGAACAGGAAUACACGAUCUGUACCGCCACCUGCAGGUUUGAAUGAACAUAACGCAAUUUUGGCCUCCUCUACUGGUAUGCAACAAAGGCAACCAGUCUUGCAAGAACCUCUCUUGCCGGUAAGCGAAAUAAGUAUAGUUCACUCUAAUGAUGGAACAGCACCUCCGCCAGUGCCCGAUGAUUCACACAAGCCAAUCAAUCCAUUCAGACCGUCUUCGCAAACGCCACAUUUGAUCACGCCACACAUUUCUGUUGCGCCGCCACCUUCUUCAUCUAUGCCACCAAUGGGAGGAGCAGCGAUAAUGGGUUUUGAUCCAGCACCAAAUCCAUUCAGGCAGAGCAAACCAAAAUUGGUCAAACCGACACCAAUUGUGGCAGAUUCAUCAACGCAAGUGCUAGGAAGACCUCCUUCAGCAGCUAUUGAUCCUUUCAAAUCUGGACAAUCAGUCUCUUCACGUGGUGGUUCAUCAGUAUCAGGUCGCUCUUUGCGGGAUUUAAGCCCGCUUAAUGAGCUCAAGCCACCUCCUUUGCCUCCUCGUCAUAUUUCACCUUUGAUUCAAGCAGGUUUGAACGCUCGAAGUCAAGUGAAGAAGAAGCAAGACGCACUUCCACCAAAGACAUUUACCGUUUUGCAAAGUACACAAUCACGUCAUCCAGCUGAGAAACCUCGUCUGUUGACCGGACAGGCUGCACCUCCUCCUUUACCAUCCAAGAGGAGAAGUAUUACGGACACACGCAUUUCUGGAUCAAGCCUUACGGGCGGACAGGGUGAUACGUCAACAUCUAGGAUUAGCGAUCAUGUGCCUGAUAGGCGGGUUGGCCCAUUGCCUGCACCUAUAGCACCCAAGCCUAGCUAUGGUGGAAAGAGUAAGACAGGAGUGCCGGCCUGGCUGCGUGAGCAAGAAGAGCUGCAAAAGACGACAUCACUCGAUCAUCACAAUGAGCCUAGUACGCCUCCACGUGAUGGUCAUAGCCGAUCAACGUCUCAUUCAAAACGAACAAAGAAGAAGAGAACUACUUCAGAAGCUCAACGUAUUCAAUUCCUUGAUGAUGACUCUUCAAGUUCCGAGAAUGAAGAAGAAAGUACAUUGAGCGAACAAGCUCGCAGUGCUGCAUCGAUUGAUCGGAACAAUCCAUUCUUCCAACAUGGAAGAGAUGUUGAACGUAGUGUAGAUUUGGAAAAGAGUUUAGGCAAAUUGGCCGUCGAAAAUGCAGUCGCAAAAGCAGAACACGAAUCACGUAUGAGCGUGAGAGCAUCUUCUGAGACGUCUACAACCAAAGCACUUGAAGGAUUGGACAAGAGACCGCUUGGCAGAAGUAAGACGACUCGUGAUAGCAUUAGCGGACGUGGAAUGUUACCACCAGCCGUACCGCCGAGAAAGAAGACGGAAGUCUUCCCAGCAACGUUUAAUUCGGGAACUUAUCCAGGCUUUGGUCGUUCUGUUCGUGUUGAAGGGCCUACAGUAGGAGGAUUGCGACAGAAUCCUACUAGUAGAAAAGCAGAAGUCGGUAUUCCAGCUCAUGUUUUGGCAGAGAGGGAAAAGAUGGAACGAGAAAGACUUUUGGAGCGUUCGUCUACUGCACCUUUGCCGCACGAUAUCAACGGGACAGUGAUCCGACCUCCUCCGCCCAGAAGGACAAGCUCUUCGAGUCAAAAGAGUAAUAGCGAUAGCAAAGCCACCCUUUCACCUAGUGACGAAACAUCACCUUCUUCUCUGCCACCUUACACUACGACUAAAACACGCAUCGAUCUGAUCACCGAUUCAAUCAAAGAAGAUUUUGAAUCGUUAGCCGAAAGGAAUUCAUGGUUAGCAAGUAUUGCUGAACGAGCAAAAGGUAGGCCUCUGAAUGAAGCAAGAGUUGGUCUGAUGAGCGAGGAAGAUGAUCAAAAUGAUGAACCAGAAGUGGAUGAGCAUUAUUUGCUCGAACAACGUCGUCAAAAGCAGCAAAAUCAAUGGCAGCGUGGUAAUUCGAUUGAUGUGAUACGCGAAGAAGAGAGUAGUCCACCCGGUCGUCGCACACCAUCUUCAACACCGCACAUUUCGUUAAGUCAGAGAAGAGCUACUGAUUCGAUUGCAAAGCGAAGUAUGAGCGGUGUAGGCGGAUUGGCAGGAUUGGUGCGAAGGAGUAGUCUUUUAGCACGCGGAAGCUUUGGAGCGGAUGAUGUUGUUUCGAGUGAUACUGAUGAUGAAGAUCAAACGCCAAAGCGAGAAAAGUCUACUUUUUUGGAUAAUCACACCAACGGCAACACAACAAAUGCAAAAGCUCCCAAUGUAGAUGCAGAAAAGACUGGCUCAAAUGAAGAAAGUCGAAAAGCAGAAGGCUGGCAACAAUUGUCGUGA